AUGACUUCCCUUAUUAAAAAAGACUAAAAGAAAGCUCCAAAUUAAUUCUUAGAUUUCGAUUAAUUGGUUUAAAAGAAAUAUCAAUAUGAAUAAAAAAAAGCUAAUGAUUAGUCAAUAAAGUAAGAAUAAUAUAUUCAUGAUCUAAAAAAAGCGUAUUUUACUUUAAUUAUAAUUAGUUAUGAUUAAUAAAAGCUAGAGAUUGAACCUUUUAUUAAGAAAGUUGAAUUAUUGUAGAUUGAACGAAAAUAAUUGAUGGAUGAAAUUGAAUAAUAUAAAAUGAGUCAAAUGGAAAUUCUUAAGAAAUAUGAAUAUGAAUAUUAAGAAAAAGAUAAGUUAAAUAAGGAAUGUGUAAAGCUGAAAUAAUAAAUUUAAGAAUAAUAGAAGAUGUAAAUGCCGAAAGAAUUUUAAGAAAGAAAAAGCCUUGAAAUAAAAGAAUCACUUUUUAUUACAAUAAAGGAUAUUAUGCAUGAAUUUUUAGAUAAUUACAAUCACAUAAUGGGAUGUAAAGAUGAAAAUAAAAGUAUUAUAUAUAAAUAUUAUAAGUUUCUGCAAAUUUGUUAGAUGAAUUGCUUUAAUAAAUUGAUGAUUCAAUUAUAAUUUUUAUAGAUAACAAUUUACCUGCUAAAUCCACAUAAUAAUAUUAAUCAGAAGAAAUUUAACAUUUUAAAGAUUAAAUCUCGAAAACCCUUUAAAAAGUCACAGAUUUGUAGGCUGAGAAUUAAGAUUUAAGUACAGCUUUGGAUAUUGAAAAAUAAUAUAAAGAAAAAAUAAUGAAUUAAAGAAACACUUUAUAGUAAUUAGUUAAUUAAUUAUAAAAUUAAAAUGAGACAAUUAUUAAUGAGAAGAAACAUCUUGAAUAAUAAAUGUAGGAAGUUUAAAUGAAAAAUUUAGAGUUCUAACACGAUUUAUGCAGGGUUAAUGAAUUUUAAGAAUAAGAAAAUGAAAAAUUAAAAAGUGAAUUUAUUGAUUCAAUUAAUGAGCUUUAAAAAUAGAUUUCAAAAUUAUAAAUAGAAAAUAGUAGGCUAACAACAUUUAUAGAGAAUAAUGCGUAAUAAUAAAAUAAUGAUACAGAAUAAUUAAAUACUAAAUUGAGAGAGUUAGAAAGUAAGCUAAAUUAAGAGAUGAUAAAAUAUGAACAGAAAUCUAGAGAAGUAAAUAAUUCAUAUAUAAUUAAUUAUUAGAUGGCAAGAAAUGAAAAGGAAUUGAACUAAUAUAAAGCUGAAACAACCAAACUAUUUGAAGAAAAUAAUUUAUACUAAUAGUAAUUAGAAAUGAUUAAAGAAAAAAGAAAAUAGGAUAAAGAGGUACUAGAUAAGUAAAAGGAGAAAUUCAAAAAAAUAAAAUUGCAAUUAUAAUAAUUAUAAUAAACAGACUUGGAAUCUUAAACAAAAAUAGCAUAAUUAGAAGAACAAAUUAUUCAAUUCACAAAAUAGUAAGAUGAAGAGAGAAUUGCAAAAUAAUAAAUAAAUUUAAAUACAGAAAUUUUAAUGGAAAAAGAGCUUUAAUUAUCAAAGUUAGAUUAACUUGUUACUGAGUAAUUUAUUAUUUUUUAUUUAGAUCUAAUUAAAAAAAUAUUGAAUAAAAGUAAUUAAUUUUGGAAAUGAAAAUUUAGAUUAAUUCAUUAGAACAAGAACUAGAAUAGUAAAAACUUACUAAUUAAUAACAUUAAGAAAGAAGAGCAGUUGCUUUUACUGAAAUAAAUCGUUUGGAAUAGUAAAAUUAAAUAUAGAAAUAAGUAAUUUUUGAAGUAAUAAUUUAGCGUAUCAAUGAUUAAGAUUUAACAAUUAAUUAACUAUAAGCUGAAAUAUAAGAAUUAUAGAAAUAAUCAAAGGCUAAUUCUUAAUAAAACAAUAUUCCUACUCUUAAUCAAAGUUUUAGUAAAACUCCGGUGGUAGAAGGAAAUAAUUUAGAUUCAUCAAGAUUAUCUGAUGUUGACACUUAAAUUUCAAAGACUGCCCGAGCUGCUAAUUUAAUUUUGAAUGGCCUGAAUUAUUUUAAAGUUAGACCUAUUAUUUAAUAAACUGAAGAUCCUAAUAGAAAAAUUGCUGAAUAAGCUUUAUAAAAAUAAGCAGAAGAAUUGAAAACUAAUCUAGAAUAACUAUAUAAGAGCUUUUUAUCAACUUUGUUACUAAAUUAAGUUAAUGAUGAGAAAUUCUUGAAGUUUGAAAGAUAAAUUAAUGAGUGUGUUAAAAAGACCUAAGAUUUGCAUGACAAUAUGGAAGAUUUUUUUUGA